UGGCUAUGCCCGGUCAUAUCUGCUUCAAUCAGCUUGGUUUAUACGAUCUGUUUUUUAACAUUGAGUCUUGUCGUCAAUAAUCCGAGUUCUAUGGUUCAAUAAUUGACGAAUAUUGUAUCUGUGAAUAUUCAGAACUUGAAGAAAUCUUAAUUUGAGUGUUUAGAAGGAAUUGUAUUUAGAUAUCAUACGCGUUUCGUAUAUAAUGCUGAUCACGGUACGCGUGAUACGUACAGAUAGAUACGUAUAGAUAGGACCGAUCUGUGGAAUGGAUGCUUAAUAAGUUACAUUUCGCGUUGCUUAUAAUCACUUUUUUUGAACUCUUUUAUAACGUUUGUUUUUAGUUAUUAUUGCAGCGAUUGCCUUUGUACGUCAUCUGUAGAGCUUGAGACGCAUAUUUAUGAUGCUGUUUUCUUAAGGUCAUGACAACAAUUUGUUAUGUGCUUCCUAUAAACUAUAUUUGUGAUUAUUGUGGUUUUGGAUAAAUCAUUCAUUUCUUGGUCAGAACAUUAUAAAGAAUUUGCUACAAUUAUGGAAUCAAAUGACAGGAAAAAUGUUUACCUUACAAAAACGGGUGAUAAUUCUUUGAAUUCUGGAAUGAGAGACACAAUGAUUGUUGGUCAAACAAAUAUGACACCAGUUAAACAUGCAAUUAAAUUAUGGGUGUAUUUGUGGUUACUUAUUCAAUUAUCAGAAUGCGGUGAUCCUGUAAUGAAACCUGGAAAUGUGUCUAAUGUUUCAAAUAAUCAAGCAAAAUGGUCAAGUACUCAUGGUAAAAAUUUUAUAAUCAAUGCAGUUCCAGUGAAAAAUGAGAUUGUCCAUCUUGAAGAUGGAGCUCAUUGCAAUAAGAAAAUGUAUUAUUAUGAUAGACAUUAUACAGGUCAUGAAGAAACAGAGAGACCAGCACGUAGAGGAACAAAAAGAUACAGAGAUAAAGAUGCACCUAAAAGGGCAUUGUCUGCCUUUUUCUAUUUUUGCCAAGAAUUACGUGGGAAGAUGAGAGAAUUGCAUCCAGAAAUGGGAGUAGGUGAUAUCGCCAAAGAGCUGGGUAAAUUGUGGAUGAGUACAGAUCUUCAAACUAAAUCAAAGUAUAUGGCAAUAGCAGAAGAGGAUAGAGCAAGAUAUGAAAGAGAAAUUAUUGCAUACAAUAAAAGAGUAAAAAAUUAUGAUCCGGAAGAAGUUGGACCUGUAUAAGUUUUUGAAUCUAUUAAAAAGAAGGGACAGUAUACUUUGCCCUAAAUCAAGCACU